CGGGCCGCCACGGAACAUCAUUUUUCGAUUAGCAUUGCAAGUGCUGUCUUGGACUGCCAUGCCCUCGGGAUCCCACAUCGCACGGCAUAGGAUGACCUUCGUGGUGUUUUCCACUGGGUGCGAGCCGUCGUCUCGCAUGUCUACGGACAAGGUGAAAAAAAAAAAAAAAAAAAAAAAAAAGAGAUGAAAAAAAAAUGAAAAACAAAAAGAAGGACGAGAAUGGAGAUGUGGUGGGAUGCUCUAGCGGAUGUCAAGUCGCAGGUGAACCAAUCACAAAAUCGCCGGCUCUUAGGUGCCUUUCGCCUUUCUAUCGAGGUGCCCGAAUGCAAAUCCUCCACUAGGACCACUGCUUCACCACCAAAAGUUAGCGGCCAGCAUUGUCCGAGGGCGGCCCGCUGUCUCUACUAUCCCCGUUGCCCCCGGCGACAAGGGUUUUGUUUCUUCUUCAUGGAGCAGUACGGAGUACAGAGUACGGAUACACUAGUAGCAAACUAUGGAUACUGGUACACUACUUACUUUUGUGGCUGUUAUCGACUCACGGCGCCUAAGAUACCUUACGCUGUACGAGCCAAGGGCACUGUCGCAUCCUCCCGUCGCCCAAAACCCAAAAUACGGACAGAAGGAGGGGAGGAAGAAAUGGCAGGGGAGGACUCACCAAGCCCAGGCUCUCGGAGACAAGGACAAUCCUUUCCCGGCAGGCGCUCACUUCCACUGGACGCGUUUACUCACCUUGUCUAACAACUCGUCUCACCUCAUCGGGACUGAGCCUCCUCAUCUCGAAAUCACUCACCCACUUUAGCUUCACUUGACGAAGUCGGACAGGCGGGGGUCGAAUCCUGUCAUCGCUGCACAUCACCAGUUUCCACGCCCCAGUUCACGCCCUUCCCCUUUUCCAUCUCGCACUUUUCCUUUGGGGGAACAGCUUACCUUGCCU